GCGCUAAGGUCAGUUGGGAGGUCGUGGAUGUCGGAAAUAAAGGUGUAAAAAAGGGGGAGGAGGAAUGGGUUUGGGCUUUAAAACACGGUUUUGGCUGUUUGCAGACAGCCUUAAAGUCAUCAGCGCCCCACUGCGGAAUUCAAAGCUCGGCUUGUCACAAUCGUUAACACCUUCUUUGACCAUCUUUCUGUAUUUGACAAUUCCCUUCCGCGCCUUUCUCGCCGGCUGGAAGCUUCUGCUGUCUGGCUUUUCGGGAGUCCCCUAGACAGCGAGCAGCCCCUCCGUUUGCAGAAGCCGGGGGAGGCUUCCCGUCGGCCCGCCCGCCUGGCAGGAUGCCGGUGCAGCUGACGACCGCCCUGCGUGUGGUGGGCACCAGCCUGUUUGCCCUGGCGGUGCUGGGGGGCAUCCUGGCGGCCUACGUGACAGGCUACCAGUUCAUCCACACGGAAAAGCACUACCUGUCCUUUGGCCUCUACGGCGCCAUCCUGGGCCUGCACCUGCUCAUCCAGAGCCUCUUCGCCUUCCUGGAGCACCGGCGCAUGCGGCGCGCGGGCCGCGCCCUCAAGCUGCCGUCCCCGCGCCGUCGCUCCGUGGCGCUCUGCAUCGCGGCCUACCAGGAGGACCCCGACUACCUGCGCAAGUGCCUGCGCUCGGCCCAGCGCAUCGCCUUCCCCAACCUCAAGGUGGUCAUGGUGGUGGACGGCAACCGCCAGGAGGACGCCUACAUGCUGGACAUCUUCCACGAGGUGCUCGGCGGCACCGAGCAAGGCGGCUUCUUCGUGUGGCGCAGCAACUUCCACGAGGCGGGGGAGGGCGAGACGGAGGCCAGCCUGCGGGAGGGCAUGGACCGCGUGCGGGACGUCGUCCGCGCCCACACCUUCUCGUGCAUCAUGCAGAAGUGGGGAGGCAAGCGAGAGGUCAUGUACACGGCCUUCAAGGCCCUCGGCGACUCCGUGGACUACAUCCAGGUGUGCGACUCUGACACUGUGCUGGACCCUGCCUGCACCAUUGAGAUGCUCCGAGUCCUGGAGGAGGACCCCCAAGUCGGGGGAGUUGGUGGAGAUGUCCAAAUCCUCAACAAGUAUGACUCGUGGAUCUCCUUCCUGAGCAGCGUGCGGUACUGGAUGGCCUUCAACGUGGAGCGGGCCUGCCAGUCCUACUUUGGUUGCGUGCAGUGUAUUAGCGGGCCCCUGGGCAUGUACCGCAAUAGCCUCCUCCAGCAGUUCCUGGAGGACUGGUACCACCAGAAGUUCCUAGGCAGCAAGUGCAGUUUCGGGGAUGACCGGCACCUCACCAACCGAGUCCUCAGCCUCGGCUACCGGACUAAGUACACCGCACGCUCCAAGUGCCUCACAGAGACCCCCACCAAGUACCUCCGGUGGCUCAACCAGCAGACCCGCUGGAGCAAGUCUUACUUCCGCGAGUGGCUCUACAACUCUCUGUGGUUUCAUAAGCAUCAUCUCUGGAUGACCUAUGAGUCUGUGGUCACGGGUUUCUUCCCCUUCUUUCUCAUUGCCACCGUUAUCCAGCUUUUCUACCGUGGCCGCAUCUGGAACAUUCUCCUCUUCCUCCUGACUGUGCAGCUGGUGGGCAUUAUUAAGGCCACCUAUGCCUGCUUCCUUCGGGGCAACGCCGAGAUGAUCUUCAUGUCCCUCUACUCCCUUCUCUAUAUGUCCAGCCUCCUGCCUGCCAAGAUCUUUGCCAUUGCAACCAUCAACAAGUCUGGCUGGGGCACCUCUGGCCGGAAGACUAUUGUGGUAAAUUUUAUUGGCCUCAUCCCUGUGUCCAUCUGGGUGGCAGUCCUUCUGGGGGGGCUGGCCUACACAGCGUAUUGCCAGGAUCUGUUCAGUGAAACGGAGCUGGCCUUCCUUGUCUCGGGGGCCAUCCUGUAUGGCUGCUACUGGGUGGCCCUCCUUAUGCUCUAUCUGGCCAUCAUCGCCCGGCGGUGUGGGAAGAAACCAGAGCAGUAUAGGUUGGCUUUUGCUGAGGUGUGACCCAGUCC